AUGGCUUUUGGUGACUUCAACUCCAUCUGUAAUGGGACUUCUUUACCCCUAUGUCAAGUUGUUUCAUUCACUAAACCUACCACUCAUGAAUAUCUGAAUAACGGUAUCAUUCCAGUAUGUUAUGCUCGUUCGAUUGAAUUGGCAAAUACAGUGAUAUUCCAAAUAGGUAAUGCCUUUGUUAAUAUUGGUGCCUUAAUAGUGUUUCUUAUCAUCAUUUACCAUAUCAGAUCAAAAUAUACAGCUAUAGGAAGACUAGAAAUGCUUUUUUAUUAUAAUCUAUUACUAGCAUUAGAUAUAUGUUCAUUGGUUGUUGAUUGUGGUGUUAGUCCUCCAGGUUCAAAAUCUUAUCCAUAUUUAGUUGCUGUUCAACUUGCAUUGAGUUCGGCUUCUUGUUGGUGUUUAAUGAUUUGUGGCUUUUUAGGAUUUAGAUUAUGGGAAGAUGGUACAAAUAAAUCAAUGUGGUUUAUAAGAUUAACUUCUUUAGCUUUUGGUGUUUUAAGUUUCUUUAUUGCAUUACUGACGUUUCAAGAUUGGAUCAAGAACGGAACUCUGGAUCGUUCAAACACUACAGGUUUAUUUGUUGUUUGUUAUAUAUUGAAUGCCAUCUUCUUGUUAACUUUUAUCAUUUCACAAAUAAUAUUGGCUCUUUUCUUGAUCAAGAAUUAUUGGGUCAUUGGAGUAAUUGCAUUAACUGUCAUCUCAUUCAUUGCUGGUCAAUUGUUUCUAUAUGCAUUCUCAAGACAAAUCUGUGAAGGUGUUAAACAUUACCUUGAUGGUUUAUUCUUUGCAAGUUUGUGUAACUUGUUUUCAAAUAUGAUGCUGUACAAAUUUUGGGAUAUGACUACAGAUGAUGAUUUGGAAUUCAGCAUUAGUAUAAGUAAAGACGGUGAUGUUUUAUAUGCAGAUAGAUAGUUUUAGUCAUUUGGUUUUUGUUUCAUAAAAUUAUAUUCAUAAUAUCGUUCAUUAAAAGUGUAGUCAUUAGUUAUUUUCAUGUAGAUGAUUGUCCAAAUAUCUUGUCUGCUGCUUCUUUCCCUUGUAGUCUGGUCACUUUAGCUUUUGCAGCUUGAUUCAAAGAGGAUUCACUGACAUUAGAGAUAUUUGUCUCGAUGUUUUCGUUGAAAGGAUAAGAACACUGGAGUUCGAUGUCAGUAUGAAAUUCAAACCAUCUGUCAAAAGAUCACAUACACUUAACUCGGGACACAUUGUGACCGCAACAUCAGUAUUAAUCAAACAUUUCUUUAGUUCUGUUGAGCAUAAAGGACAUUUCUGCAUAUCUGAUUUUGAUUCUUGUUCUUGUUUCUGUUCCACUCUGAUUAUUUCUUU